CCCCCAGCCCCAAAAAGGGCAUGGCCCCGGAGGACUCCCAGCUGUGACUCACGCGCCCCGGCCACGCGGAUGCCCAGGGCGCACCGUUCCCGAGGGCUGCAGCUUCCAAAAGGCAGGUGCUCAAGGACCAGGCGCCCCGGCGAGAUGCGCGCGCAGGCUCCCUGGGGGGCGCUGUCCAUGGUCCUGGUGAUGCUGUGCGGCCAUCCGCGCGCUGCCCUGACCUGUCCUCACCCGUGUGCCUGCUACGUUCCCAGCGAGGUCCAUUGCACGUUCCGAUCUUUGGCUUCCGUGCCCGCCGGGAUCUCCAAACACGUGGAAAGGAUCAAUCUGGGGUUUAAUAGCAUACAGGCCCUGUCAGAAACCUCAUUUGCAGGACUCACCAAGUUGGAGUUGCUUAUGAUUCAUGGUAAUGAGAUUCCAAACAUUCCAGAUGGGGCCUUAAGAGACCUCACCUCUCUGCAGGUCUUCAAGUUCAGCUACAACAAGCUGAGGGUGCUCACGCAGCACACCCUGCAGGGUCUCUCCAACCUCAUGAGGCUGCAUUUGGAUCACAACAAGAUCGAGUUCAUCCACCCGCAAGCUUUCCACGGCUUGCUGUCCCUCAGGCUGCUUCAUCUGGAGGGAAACCUCCUGCAGCAGCUGCACCCCACCACCUUCGCCACGUUCUCCUUCCUGGACCAUUUCCGACUCUCCACCGUCCGCCACCUCUAUUUAGCCGAGAACAUGAUCCGGAUGCUUCCUGCGGGGAUGCUCCAGAACAUGCCACUUCUGGAGAAUCUCUACCUGCAGGGAAAUCCGUGGUCCUGUGACUGUGACAUGAGGUGGUUCCUAGACUGGGAUGCCAAGUCCAGAGGGAUUCUGAAGUGUAAGAAGGACAAAGCUUAUGAAGGCGGUCAGCUGUGUGCCAUGUGCACCAGUCCCAGGAAACUGUUCAAACAAGAGAUACACAAGCUCAAGGAUGUUGCCUGCUUGACGCCCUCCAUUGAGUCUCCUCUGAGGCAGAACACGAGUCGAGGGCUGGAAGAAGAGCAGGAAAAAGAGGAGGACAGUGACAGCCAGCUGGUCCCCGAAGGCUUCCAGCUCCCCCGCUGGAACAUCUCUUUGAACAUGACCGAUGAACACGGGAACACGGUGAACUUGGUCUGUGCCAUCAAGAAGCCCACGGAUUUGUACAAAAUUCACUUGAACCAAACGGAUCCUCCAGAGAUCGAGGUCAAUGCGACAGUUGCCUUGGACUUUGAGUGUCCGAUGACUCGGGAAAACUAUGAAAAACUAUGGAAACUGAUUGCAUAUUACAGUGAGGUCCCCGUGAAGCUCCGCCAAGAACUCAUACUCAGCAAAGACCCCAAAGUCAGCUAUCAGUACAGGCAGGAUGCUGACGAUGAUGCCCUGUACUACACGGGCGUCAAAGCCCAGAUCCUCGCAGAACCGGAAUGGGUCAUGCAACCAUACAUAGACCUCCAACUGAACAGACGUCAGAGUACGGCCAAGAAGGUGCUUCUGUCGUACUAUACCCAGCAUUCUCUAACCAUAUCUGCCAAGGAUACGAUGCAGGAUCGGAGCAGAAGCUGGGUGAUGAUUGAGCCAAGCGGAACCGUGCAGAGAGCUCAGACAGUUCUGGAAGGGGCUUCCUGCCAGCUGAGCUGCAAUGUGAAAGCUUCUGACAGUCCAUCCAUUUUCUGGAUACUUCCAGAUGGCUCCAUCCUGAAGGCACCCAUGGAUGACCAGGACAACAAUUUCUCUGUCCUCAGCAGUGGUUGGCUGAGGAUAAAAUCAAUGCAGCAGUCCGACUCGGGUUUGUACCAAUGCAUUGCUCAGGUAAGGGAUGAAAUGGACCAGAUGGUGUAUAGGGUGCUUGUGCAACCUCCCUCUACUCAGCCCCAUGAGAAAGAUACAGUGAUAAUUGAGAAGAAUCCCGGGGAGCCGGUUAUGUUGCCCUGCAGUGCCUUGGCCAUCCCUGAAGCCCACCUUAGCUGGAUUCUUCCAAAUAAGAGGAUAAUUCACGAUUCAGCAAACACCUCCCACAUGUACAUGUUGCCCAAUGGAACUCUUUCCAUCCCAACGGUCCAAGUCAGCGAUAGCGGUUACUACAGAUGUGUAGCCAUCAACCAGCAAGGGGCAGACCAUUUUACCGUGGGGGUCACAGUGAGUAAGAAAGGAUCUGGCAGGUCUUCCAAGAGAGGCAGACGUCCAGAUGCCAAAGGUCUUUCCAGAGUGAGAGAAGAUGUGGUGGAGGACGAAGGGGCCUCAGGCAUGGGGGAUGAAGAUGCCACAUCAAGGAGAGCUCUCCAUCCAAAGGGUCAAGAAAUGUUCCUCAAAACUAAAGCUGAUGGCAACAUGGGAGAUAAGAAGGCCAAGAAAGGGAGAAGAAAACUGAAACUCUGGAAGAACUCUGAGAAAGAACCAGAGACCAAUGUUGCAGAAGGUCGCAGAGUAUUUGAGUCCAGACGAAGGAUAAACAUGGCAAACAAACAGAUUAAUCCAGAGCACUGGGCAGGUAUUCUAGCCAGAGUCCGUGGGAAAAAUCUUCCUAAAGGCACAGAGGAACCCCUGGUCAUCAGAACCAUCACUCCUCCAUCCAUGAGUCUAGAAGAAACACCUCGUUCUCCUGCCGUUGCUCCCCUUUCAUCUUCGCCCAUCCAGACAGCAAACAGUGUCAAAGAAUCCUCAGCAGGUAUGUCUCUAUUGGGGGAGGAAGAGCAGGUGUGGAGUACCUUCUCCUCACCCAGAAUGGGACUAGAGCACCACCACGAUGGAGACAAUAUUGCUGACCCUGAAGUCACAAGCACGCAGAUGGAAGAAGUUACUGAUGAUGCAUCCUCUGAGAAGACUGAGGAGACAUCUCCCAUUGAAGUUGACAUGAAGUGGGUUACAGACACUACAUUCAUAACUGAGCCUUAUGAAUCCUCUCCUGCUCUGGACACAGUCUACAGGGAGCCCACCCUGGACACAGUCUACAAAGAGCCGACCAAUGAAGAGACAACAACAGGUGGUUGGACUACAGCAAAUGUUGGGUCCAUGGUUGAUCCCACAACAAAUGAAGAUGAGCCUCCAUUGAAUGCAGUCUCUUUGGCAGAGUCAGAGACUACGCAAUCCUUCUACCCAGAUUUUCAGAGCAAUUCACAACCAGGUAAGGAUAAGAUGAGAGAACUGACUUUUGCAAGGUUUACUCCAACUCCCACCAUGUGGGUUACUGACCUCACUACGAUGGACUCAUUUGAAGAUUCCACUUUAGGGGAACUAGACAUUGCAGCCCCAUCACAUCAGCAAGGACUCAUAGACGACAUUCAGCUUAUAGGAAGUGGUUUAAGCACUCAAGGCACACAACUGACUACAAAGACACCAUGGGGAGGAGAUACACUAGAGGGAGACCUGACAAACCCCAGAAGUUCUGAGGGCAAGGGGCAAGACAUUGCAUCCAUCACCCUGCCCAAGUCUGCAGUGGGUGUGAACAGUAUCCCUUCUAUUAACCAGCCUGGAGAAACCACACGUGGCAUUGUGUUGGACAGAGAUACCUCCACCGCAGUGAUGGUGACACCAAGACAAAAUGCGUCCUUGGCCCUGCCCACUCACUCUUCUCAAAGAAAACACAACGGGAGGAGGAGGUUACGUCCCCACCAAUCCCGCCACCGGCAUAAGCAAACCCCACCAACAACAUCUGCUCCCAUGGUGACUUUUUCUACUCAACCAACUCAAGUACCUGAAAUUAAGACUCCCUAUCAAGUGGAGAGUUCCCUGCUUCCUACAUCUUGGGUUGAUAGCACAGUUCAUCUCCCAAAACAGUUGGAAAUGGAGAAGAACACAGAAUCUGUAUCCAAGAGAACUCCAAGAAGAAAACACAAGAAGAGGCCAAACAAACAGCACUAUAUUGCUUCUACCGUGAGCUCCAGGGAGUCCAUAUCCACACCUAGCCCUUCUCCAGAAAAUAAAUCUAAAAAUGUGAUUACUCCCACUUCAGAAAGUAUACCUUGGUCCAGAACUGUUGCUUUGAAAAUGGGGGACUUGUAUGAGGCCACUAGAGUGGACAAUGACGUGACAACCAGCACAAAAAUACGUCCAUCUCACCAUGACAUUCAAGACACACUUCCAACCACAUAUAAACCUGUAUCGGAUAAAAAAGAAAUUAAGGAUGAUGAUGUCACAGACAUCAAAGACACUUCAGGACUGGGUAAGUUGAUUAUUAAUGUCAUGUCUACUUCUGGCUCACUGGUCUCCACUGUAGGAGAAGUGAAGGAAGAUUCUUCUACUAAAGGCUUCUCAGAAACUCCAAGCAGGAAUCCCCCAAGGACAGGACAGUCUAGAAAGCCGCAGACAGACACCCCUGUCAGUUUUGGAGAUAACCUUACAGAUGCUCCCCUUUUGAGAGAGCUAGAGAAUGUGGAUGUUACAACUGUGCCUUCUUCACUUUCUGUUACAAUCUCAACAACAUUUCAACAGGAAGACCUUGGUCAUUUGACAACUCUCACAAGCGUAAAAGUAGAGUUGCCUUCAGGUCAGACAGAAAGAACUAAUCAAAGGCAAGAACAUAACGAAACCGCUGUGGCUGUUAUUCAUUCUGAAACCAAACCGCAGAAUUCCAUCCCUGCUUUUGCCCUGAUGGAGGAACAAGCCUCCCCAUCCCCACCCACAACUCUUGUGUCUUUAGCACAAACCACCCCUGGCCCAGCACUUACAAGCACAAGAACAUCGCCUACACCCACAUUUUCCAAGGGAAAUGUUUUCCUGAAUUAUGUGGGAAACCCAGAAACCAAAGCACCCUCAGUGAGCAACCAAGGAACUCAGGCUAUAUUGAACCCAAAUGAAUUAUCUACCACCUCUUCCAACCAGGACACAUCUAAAUUAUCUCCAAAGCAAGAGUUGGGAAAGGAAUUAUUUGCUGGUAGGGGCAACAACAGUCUACCAGGCAUCCCAGAAAGUCUCCAGCAGGAUGGAGAUGUCCGAGUUUCUUCUCAACCAUCCAGAGUCCUGUCCGAACCUACUCCACCAAGGGGAACAUUCAGGCCACCUGAUAUGGCUACAAAAAGCUUCUUCAGAUACUUCACAACAUUCCAGCCUUCCCAUCACUUGACCCACAGACCGCUAAUAACUGUCAACCCUUCAAGAACUUUGCCAGAGAACAAACUCUUCAUGACUCCAAAGUUAUCAACUACAACAGUGACUCCUAUUUCACUUCACAUAUCCAAACCCACCAUUUCUAGCAAAUUAACUGAGCAAAGGACUGACCAAUUCAACGCCUACUCCAAGGUGUAUGGAAAUAAUAACCUCCCUGAACCAAGGCAUCCAAUUGGCAGGCUUCCAAAUUCAAGAGUUCCUCCUUAUUCCAAUGGAAGACUUCCUUUCUAUAUCAACCGGACCUUCUCUUUCUCACAGUUGGGAGUAACUCUGAAGCCCCAGACAUCCUCCUCCCCUGUCCCAGUGAUGAGGGAGAGAAUAGUUAACCCGAGUCCCUACAAUAGGAUACAUUCCCAGAGCACCUUCCACAUGGACUUUGGUCCUCCCGCACCUCCACUGUUGCAACCUCCCCGGACCACGGCAUCCCCCUCAGCUAACUUACAUCUCAUAACCCUGGUUUCUCCUACUCGGAGCUCCAUCUCCUUUGCAACAUCAUCUGUUCAGUACCCUGGAAGCUCCCAUCAGAGCAGCACGAAGCUCUUCGCUGGAGGACCACCUGCAUCCAAAUUCUGGACGCUGGGGGAAAAGCCCCAAAUUAUCACCAAAUCCCCACAGACCGUAUCCGUCACUGCUGAGACAGAUGCUGUGUUCCCGUGUGAGGCAACAGGGAAGCCCACGCCUUUCAUUACCUGGACGAAAGUUUCCACAGGAGCCCUCUUGACCCCCAACACCAGAAUACAACGGUUUGAAGUUCUCAAGAAUGGCACCCUGGUCAUCCGGAGGGUCCAGGUCCAAGACCGGGGCCAGUAUGUGUGCACCGCCAGCAACCUGCACGGGCUGGACAGGCUGGGGGUCCUGCUGGCCGUGACAGUGCAGCAGCCCCAAAUCCUAGCUUCGCACUAUCAGGAUAUCACCGUCUACCUGGGGGACACCAUCGCAAUGGAGUGUCUGGCCAAGGGGACCCCAGCUCCCCAAAUCUCCUGGAUCUUCCCAGACAGGAGGGUGUGGCAGACCGUGUCCCGCGUGGAGGGCCGCAUCACACUGCACGAAAACCGGACUUUGUCCAUCAAGGAAGCGUCCUUCUCAGACAGAGGGGUCUACAAGUGCGUGGCCAGCAACGCGGCUGGGGCGGACAGCCUGGCCAUCCGCCUCCACGUGGCGGCACUGCCCCCGGUGAUCCAGCAGGAGAAGCUGGAGAACAUCUCGCUGCCGCCGGGCCUGAGCAUCCACAUUCACUGCAGCGCCAAGGCUGCGCCCCUGCCCAGCGUGCGCUGGGUGCUGGCGGACGGGACCCAGAUCGGCCCCUCGCAGUUCCUGCGCGGGAGCCUGUUCGUCUUCCCCAACGGGACGCUCUACAUCCGUAACCUGGCGCCCAAGGACAGCGGGCGCUACGAGUGCGUGGCCGCCAACCUGGUGGGGUCGGCGCGCAGGACGGUGCUGCUGACCGUGCACCGCACGGCAGCCAACGCGCGCAUCACCGGCACCUCCCCGAGGAGGACCGACGUCCAGUACGGGGGCACCCUCAGGCUGGACUGCAGCGCCUCGGGGGACCCCUGGCCGCGCAUCCUCUGGAGACUGCCGUCCAAGCGCGUGAUGGAUGCGCUGUUCAGCUUCGAUUCCAGAGUCAAGGUGUUCGCCAAUGGGACCCUGGUGGUGAAGUCAGUGACAGAGAAAGACGCGGGCGAUUACCUGUGCGUGGCGCGCAACAAGAUGGGGGAUGACUACGUGGCGCUCAAGGUGAACGUGGUGAUGAGACCGGCCAAAAUACAGCACAAAGAGGAGAAUGACCACAAGGUCUUCUACGGGGGUGACCUGAAGGUGGACUGCGUGGCCACCGGCCUCCCCAACCCUGAGAUCUCCUGGAGCCUUCCGGACGGCAGCCUGGUCACUUCCUUCACGCUGUCGGAUGACAAUGGUGCGCGCACCAAGCGCUACGUGGUUUUCAACAACGGGACCCUGUACUUCAACGAGGUGGGGUUGAGGGAGGAAGGCGAUUACACCUGCUUCGCGGAAAACGAGGUGGGGAAAGACGAGAUGAGAGUGAGAGUCAAGGUGGUGGCCGAGCCAGCAGCCAUCUUGAACAAGACGUACCUGGGGGUGCAGGUGCCAUAUGGAGACGUGGUCACCGUCCCCUGUGACGCCAAAGGGGAGCCCGUGCCGAAGGUGAUGUGGCUGUCCCCAACCAACAGGCUCAUCCCCGCGUCCUCAGAGAAGUAUCAGAUAUACCAGGACGGCACGCUGCUUAUUCAAAAAGCCCAGCGCUCCGAUAGUGGGAAUUACACCUGCGUGGUGCGCAACAGCGCGGGCGAGGACAGGAAGACAGUCUGGAUUCACGUGACGGUCCAGCCGCCCAAGAUCAACGGCAAGGUGGAGGCUCUCACCACGGUGAGGGAGAUCGCGGCUGCGGGGAGCCGCAAGCUGGUGCCCUGUAAGGCAGAAGGCAUCCCGGCCCCGAGGGUCCUGUGGGCCUUCCCGGAGGGCGUGAUCCUGCCGGCGCCCUACUUCGGGAACCGAGUCAUUGUCCAUCGCAACGGGACGCUGGACAUCAAGAGCUUGAGAAAGGGCGACUCGGUGCAGCUUGUGUGCAUUGCGCGCAACGAGGGCGGGGAGGCCAGGAUGGUGGUGCAGCUCACGGUGCUGGAGCCCAUGCACAAACCGGUCUUUCUCGACCCGGUCAGCGAGAAGAUCACCGCCACAGCCGGCCACACCAUCAGUCUCAACUGCUCGGCUGCGGGGACGCCGCCGCCCUCGCUGGUCUGGGUUCUCCCCAACGGGUCGGAGCUGCAGAGCGGCCGGCAGCUCCAGAGAUUCUAUCAUAAAGCGGACGGCAUGCUUCACAUAAGUGCCCUGUCCGCGGUGGACGCAGGCGCGUACCGCUGCGUGGCCAGGAACGCCGCGGGCCACACGGAGAGGCUGGUGUCUCUCCAGGUGGGGCUGAAACGCGAGGUGACUAACCCGCACCACAACCUGGUGAGCAUCAUCAACGGGGAUACCUUGCAUCUCCACUGCGUCCCCCCCGGGGACGGCCGGCCGGGACGGUUCUCCUGGACGCUGCCCAACGGCGUGGUUUUGGAGAGCCCCCACGCCCUAGGACGCUUCUCGCUCUGGGACAACGGCACCCUGACGGUGCGCGAGGCCUCAGUGUUUGACAGGGGGACCUACGCGUGCAGGGUGGACACGGAGCAUGGGCCAACGGUCACCAGCAUCCCUGUCAUCGUCAUCGCCUAUCCCCCUCGCAUCACCAGCGAGCCCACGCCGGUCGUCUACGCCCGUCCGGGGAACACGGUUAAGUUGAACUGCAUGGCCGUGGGCAUCCCCAAAGCCGCCAUCACCUGGGAGUUGCCCGACAAGUCGCACCUGACGGCUGGCGCUCACGCCCGGCUCUAUGGGAACAGAUUCCUGCAGCCGCAGGGAGCGCUCACUGUGCAGCGCGCCACGCAGCGCGACGCCGGCUUCUACAAGUGCACGGCCAAGAACGUGCUGGGUAGCGACUCCAAAACCACUUACAUCCACGUCUUGUGAGCUGCCCACCGCACAAAGGCAGACUCUGAGCUGGUGCUUAUUGUCUGGGAUGUAAAAAAAAAAAAACAUAAAAGCCAAGAUGGGGGAAGGGGCAGAGCUCAUCCCUCCAUCCCUCCUUCCCUACCCACCAAAGGAUUUGUUUUUGUUUUUGCUUUUUUUUUUUUUUUUUUUUUUUGCAGUUUCUGGCCGGGGCUGGGUUUGAACCCACCACCUCCAGUAUAUGGGGCCAGGUCCCUACUCCUUUGAGCCACAGGGGCCAACCCAAAAGGAUUUGUUUUUUGGGGGAGAUGGAGACACAGUGGCCUCUGCAGAGGAUUUCAGAUUGAGGUGAACCUUAACCUUGGCUUUGCCGGGAAUCGAAGCAAAAAAGACUCGGGCCCCGCCUCUCUGGGAAGUAUUCUUUCUGUUUGCAAAGCUUCAGGGGAUAUAACUGGACUGCAAUUUCUAGCAAACUGCCUCCUGAUUGACAAGCAUUCAUGGCAAAAAAAAAAAAAACAUGGGCGUUAAUGCUGCGCUGCUAUUCUGCUGGAGAAUCAUGUCUUAGUUAACCUGCCGCAAUUGUAACAUCAUAGAACCUUCCAGAAUGACGCCUGUUCACCCUUCGUAUAUUUCUUGUCAUUUUCCAAGCUCCAGCUCACCUCAGCAGCAGUUUAGAAUCAGAACAAUGGAUUUGUUUUUUUUAUUUCCCUCUUUUUACAGAAAAGAAAAAGAAAAAAAAUGUCUCUUUCUCCCUGGAAGUCACUUUUUAUAUGGUGUUUUAAAUAUAUAUAUAUAUAUUUUCUUUCUAAUCAGACGAUGAGAUUAGAAAGGGAAAUACUUUCUGUCUCAUUAAAAAGAAUAAAUUAUUGGUCUUUGCAAGACUUGGGUACAUUAUAGCAACAUGGAAAUGCAGUUUUAAAAAAGUCCUUCCAAAACGUCCUUCAGAUUCUGCGAGCUCUGUGACAAGCCUAGGAUAUUUUUGAUUUCCUUAAAUAUAAAAUGUAUCUUGAAUGACACUGCAAAGGGUGAUGAGGGGAAGGAGACCCCAUGACCCUGUAGAAUUGAAUCCAGAGUCUUCGAGAAAAGUCCAGAAACUUCUCGGAAACAUCCGAGCUGUCCAUGUGGUCCAAGGCAGCUGCCCCUUCUCUGGCCGUGGGUCUGUCUAUGCCCUCAGACACCAGGAGGGCUAUGAUUUCCAUGACUGCUUUACUGUAUUUUUAAGGUCAAUAUACUGUACAUUUGAUAAUAAAAUAAUAUUUUCCAAAAACCUGGGCAACCAGGGCAAUGAUAUUUUCAAGGGCCAAAGAGCAUCAGGGGAAUAUGAGUUUACAUCAGAACUGCAGAAAAUGCUACUUUUAUUCACCCUAUAUCCAUUAUUCUGUACGCAUUUUAACAUGUAAGGGGAUUAAGUCAAAAGCACUUGUUCUGAUGUGUGUUUUAGAGACAGGAAGGCAGAAUAGGACUCUUGGUGGCAUGUGGUGGCAAUUCCAAUACACAGCAAGACAAUUUGGGGACUGAGAAGCAACAUUUCUGCAGAAAAUCCCACAGAGAUUUAUCUUUCUUUUCUUCUUCUUCUUUUUUUUUGCAAAAAGACAUCUGAGGGUACAUAUGUUCCAUUUUUUUAAAUAUAUAUGCACCUGCUGUUUUUUGCAGCCCCAAGAGAAAGGAAACAGUGUCAUUAAGAAGAAUUUUUGAGAAGAACAUGAUGACCAGCAUUUGCAGAAAUGCCGUCUGCCCAUCAGAAACCAAGGAAUGCCUGGUUCUUUACAACUCUGGGGGAGCAUGGCAUCUGUCUUGUUCAUGAAUCUACCUGUGUGCUUAAGUUUAAGUGCACACAUGUUAGUGUGAGUCAGACACCAGGAGAGGCCCUGUGGAAAUGGAGUGUGAGCUGUCUUAAUACACAAGCCCCCCAGCUGAGUCUCCCAGGCUCAGAGUGAGUGAUGUUUGGGGCUUAGAGGACACUCUGGGGUGGGGCGUCCUGUGCACCAUGGUGUUUUGCAGCAGUGUCCCAGGCUCCACCUGCCUGGUGUCAGCAGCACCCACCACCUAGGUGUGACAAACAAAUAGGUCUCUGGUCAUUA